AUGGACCUGCACUUUAGUUCCACGUUGAGGCUUCCUGUUACAGCCCUUCUUAAACACGAGUCUAUAAACCCUUGUUUUCUGGUCAACUACACAGAUGUACACCAUGGGAACGGGACACAACAGGUUUUCUACAGAGACCCCAACGUGCUGUACAUCUCCCUGCAUCGCUACGAUGACGGGAACUUCUUCCCAGGCAGUGGGUCUGCGGAUGAGGCUGGGAGUGGUCCUGGGCUCGGGUUUAAUGUCAAUGUGGCCUGGACCGGAGGCCUCGAUCCACCCAUGGGAGACGCGGAAUAUCUGGCGGCUUUUCGGACGGUGGUGAUGCCGAUCGCCACGGAGUUUGCUCCGGAUGUGGUCCUGGUCUCCUCGGGGUUCGACGCGGUGGAGGGGCACCCGCCGCAGCUGGGGGGCUACAAGGUUUCGGCCAAAUGUUUUGGACACUUGACGCGGCAGCUGAUGUCCCUGGCGGGGGGUCGGGUGGCCAUGGCCCUGGAGGGUGGACACGACUUGACCUCCAUCUGCGAUGCCUCGGAGGCCUGUGUGUCAGCGCUGCUCGGGAAAGAGCUGGAAGGUCUCCCGGAACACGUCUUGCAGCAAACGCCAAACGCAAACGCCGUCCAGUCACUGGAGCGAGUCCUCGAGGUGCAGAGUAAAUACUGGCCGUGUGUGCAGCGAUUUGUCCCCACGGUGGGCUACUCACUGAUUGAGGCUCAGAGACACGACAAGGAGGAGGCGGAAACAGUGACGGCGCUCGCUCUGCUGUCCGUCCGCGUCGCACAAGGAGCCGGAGCAGCUCCCGAGAAGAGAUCCAACGAGGAACCAAUGGAGGAAGAAUCUUGCACAUAGACAAUGGAUUUGGUUCCUUCUUCUCCCGCCCAUCUCUCUCCCCGUCCAGCCUGCCUUUCUCCCCCACCCCACCAACUCAC